AUGACGGACCCUUCGCGCCGUCUGCUAGGCAAUCCCUUGCCCUCCACCCCCCAGCGCCGAGGUGGUCACCUUGAGAACCUACUUGCGCAAUUUGGUUCCCAGAAUUCUGCUGAGUCGGUCACUAAGACACGCAGAGUUCCUACUCAAGCUACACCGAAGCAGGAGGCAUUCCUUGCUCCGAGCAUCCCGGAGAGCAAACGAAAGCUGCGACAUCAGCAAACACCCAACUACGCUCAUCCGCGUUCUUCCACGACCGGCACUCCUGAGUCGCCCAAAAAGCCAACCGCGAAGAAGCCGGCCACUCGCAAAGCCUCCCCGAAAGACAACAGCUCUUCCCUUUCAGACCCCUCAUCCGGCGACUCCGAAGACGAGCUUGCACAGCCGCCGCUCCGCGCCCGGGGCUACAAGAAGAAUCUCCGGAGCAACGAUAAAUACAGCGACCUCAAGAUGGAGGCGAGGAAGAAGACGAGAGAUCUCGACGGGCCAAAGCGUCGAAGCGGUCGACACACAAGAGUUCUUGAGUCCGACACUGUGCCAGUACAGAAACAUGCGCCUUCACCACGACGCAAAGCCGCCCAGCCGCCCAAGCUUGACACCACACGCGCCCGUCUUCGAGACGAGAUUGCUCGCAAAUCCAAGGCAAAGGCGAACAACUUCCUCGUUGCGAACAAAGACUACUUCCUUCCCCUAUUGCCUCCCAACAACUACGUCAGUAAGCUUGUCAUAAGCCAUAACGUCAGACCGGUCGUCGAGUACAAAGAGCUCAAGGAGCAACCGAAGGGCGUCACUGCGACAAUGAAGCCUUACCAACUUUCUGGUCUCUCAUACAUGGUGCACCUGUACAACAACGGUUUCUCAGGCAUUCUUGGUGACGAGAUGGGGCUGGGGAAGACGCUACAGACUUUAUCCCUGUUCCAGUAUCUUGAGGAGCUUGACCGCAAGAUGGGCGCCACCUCAGAAGAGCUUCGUCCAUACCUGGUCGUCUGUCCGCUCAGUGUGCUGAACUCAUGGGUCACCGAGGCUCAGAAGUGGGUGCCGGAACUGAAGGUUCUUCGAAUCCACGGCACAAAGAACGAGCGUGAUCGCCUGAAACGUGUCGCUACUGGUAUGGAGGAUAUGCAAGGGCAUGAGACUGAGCUGUUGAAGGGCCGGAAGGCUUCGCGCAAAGCUGGGUUGAAGCGUUCAGCAUAUGAAGACUCAGGGUCAUCAUACAAGAUCAUUGUCACAACGUACGACACAUUUCAGGCCGACGCCAGUUGGUUCAAGCAUUCGUUCCUGUGGCGAUACGUCGUACUCGAUGAAGGCCACAAGAUCAAAAGCAAUACAACCAAUAUCUCGACAUCGCUGCGGAAUGUCAAUUCAGAGUACCGCAUGAUUCUGACAGGCACGCCGCUUCAGAACAAUCUGCUUGAGAUGUGGGCUCUACUAGCUUGGCUUUAUCCUGACGUCUUCACGGAGAAUACUCAGGACCUGUUCAGGGACUCUUUUGAUCUAACUCGAGGCAAGGUCAAUAAGAAGACAAUGGACGAUGCGCGCCAUCUGCUCGAGCUCGUCAUGCUGCGUCGCAUGAAGGAUAGCCCGAAUGUCAAUCUGGGCUUGCCACCAAAGGAAGAGAUCCUGCUCUACGUUCCUUUGACCCCCAUGCAGAGGUUUUGGUACACCCGACUUCUGACUCGCGUCGGUCAAGGCAUGCUCAACGAUCUGUUUGCGAACGGCAAAGAGAAGGAGAAGGCCACCAUCGAACAGGACAAGCAAGACGACGUUCUGCUGGAGAGAAUGCAGCAACUGGAGACUAGACCUGAUACCAUCGGUGACCAGGGCGAGUGGGAAGAGACGGCGCAGAUCAUGCGUCAAGCUCUGAAGAAGGAGCAGGAAACUAACACAGUCACCAACAAAUCUGCGUGGCAGAAGUUGAUGAACCUAGUCAUGCAGCUACGCAAGUGUUGCUCUCACCCAUACCUCUUGCCUGGCGUGUCUCCAGACCCCUACUAUCUCGGCGAGCACAUCAUUCGUGCGUCUGGCAAGUUCAUACUACUUGACAAGCUCCUGAAGCACACUGUUCUUGAGCAAGGCAAGAAAGUACUCAUCUUCUCCGGGUUUACCCACACAUUGGACUGUUGCGAAGAUCUCUUGUCCAUGAUUAGCAACCAUGGAACAGAGUUCAAGCAUCUCCGCCUCGAUGGUAGUACUGGACGCGCGCGUCGCAACCUUGACAUUCGCCUCUUCAACCAGGCAGGAUCGGAUUACAAGGUAAUGCUCCUGUCGACUCGUGCUGGUGGUCUUGGUAUCAACCUCACCAGCGCUCAAGACGUUAUCUUCCUGGACGAGGACUGGAACCCUCAGAUCACUCUACAAGCUGAGGCGCGAGCUCAUCGCAUCGGACAGACACAGCCUGUCACGAUCUACAAGCUCUGCACACAGGGCACAGUCGAAGAGCAAAUGAUGGGACGCAUCCGCAAGAAGUUGUAUCUCUCGGCGAAGAUCACAGAGUCAAUGCGUAACGUUCAUUAUGAACAGACUCCAGCGAAAGCGAAGGCUUCGGUCGCGGACGAUAUGCCACAGAUGGACUCGACACAGCUGAAGACCCUGAUCCGUCGAGGAGCUCAGACACUCUCCCACCCUGAGAUCGACGUGACUGAGAUGCUCUCAUGGGACCUUCCCACUAUGAUGGCAAAGUGUAGAGACAAGCCGGCAGACGAAACGCAUACUAUUGAUCCACAACACCCUGAAGCUGACGAGGAGAAGUGGCUCUCUGUCAUGGAGCGUGUUGAGUGUGCCGUGUUUGACGGCAAACGUUUUCAGCGUCAGAAAGAAGACCAAUCUAAUGCAGCCGCUGCCAACAUCCUUCCUGAUAGCAUCACGCGCGAGGACCGACGUCGAGGCAAAAACACAACAGUCAUGGUCGACGGCUUUGCCGUUAGUAAAGAGUCCAUGAAUUGUGGUGAUUGGGAAGCAGUCCCGACUUUUGCAGGAAAAGAUGCAAGCCUUGCGGAUCCAGUCAAGGAGAAGAAGCGAGAGAUCUCGCACGAAGAGCACUGUCUUGAAUGCUUCAACGGCGAUGAAUCAGGCCAUCUGGUCGAAUGCAAGUCUUGCCCUAGGGCAUAUCAUUAUGACUGUCUUACAUCAGAAUACCAGUCAAAGGUCAAGGGCUUUAACGGCUUCUACUGCUCCCAGCACAACUGUGUUGACUGCGGAAAGAAUACAACCGACGCCGGCGGCCUGAUCUUCAGGUGCAGAUGGUGUCCUCAUGGCUUCUGUGAGGACUGCUUGGAGUGGGACAAGACCACCCUUGUCGGCCAGAACCUCCCCGAAUUGGAGAUCAUGGGGGAGCCUUCUCCAAGCGGAGGCUUUUACAUCAAAUGCCCGGACUGUGUCGAGGCAUGCGAGAAUAGUAAGCAGCAUAGCGAGUGGAUGACGAACACUGAGAUCGACUAUCAAGAGCAGCAUGAUGCAUGGCUGAAGGAGCGCAAGGAGGCAGAGCACCAGCUCGAACAGAAUGCCGCUGCUGUCAACAGCUCCAACGCCCCGGCCGCCGCUAUCGCCAACGAGGCCAACACAAUUCACAACGGACGACUACCCACACUCGAGGCGCCUGAGCAGCGCGAAGAGCACGUGAUCUUUCUUGAUGAGGCCGUUCUUCCGUCGCCACCUGCGCUCACGGACACCUCGCUCCCCACCCCAGCGAUCGGUGGCUCGCGCAUCAGCACGCCCACUAUUACCGAGCAGCAGCAGAAGGUCCCCGCGAAGGCGAAGCGGUACGCCUCAGGCGACGGUUACAGCGAGACGAGGUUCGAGAAGAAGGCGCGACUUGAUGGACAGGCCUGGAGCAUCGACGACGACCCGCUAUUUGGCGGUUUGGCAGGCAGCCGUUAG